CUGAGAUCUUUGUCACAAACUGUCGGCUUUCCCGCAGAAAGAUGGAGACGCUGCUCGCACUCUGCCUCGCUCUCAGCCUCACCGCCUCAGUGUCCUCCACAAACUCAACAACCAGUGGUACUGAAACCAACAGUCUCACCACAACACCUCUACCUGUAACCACCACUUCCUCUUCCAUCAACACGUCAACAUCUACUGACUCCACCAACAGCACCAACAGCACAUCUGCAACCACUAUUACCACCACAGACGGAAACAUGACGACCGCAGCUCCAACACUACAGAGCAACUCUUCUGCAAAUACAACAGCAAACACCACAAGCCCUACCACGCCUCCUCCCAGCACCAGUGCCAAUUCCACGUCCUCCCCCACCACGGCGAGCAGUGGAACGACCACAGCCACGAGCUCACCUGUUUCUGCCUCCCCAAACCAACCAAAUUCAACUCUGAAUACAGCCUCAAGUACAACCUCGAACAUGACCCAGAGCACGACAGCGCCUGCAGCCGGCAGCAGUGAGGGAGUUCCUGGGUGGGGUAUAGCUCUGCUGGUCCUGGCGUCUGUGGUUCUGCUGCUGCUGCUCCUGCUGCUGAUCGCACUGCUGGUGUGGUGCUGCUGCUGCAGGGGGCGCUUCAGCAGCUUCAGUCCCUACAACCACCUGACUAGCAGAGAUGACAUCCCUCUGUACACCACUCACAGCCGCUUCGAAGCCACCAAUGGGAGAUCUUACGUGGUGAACAUGAUGGAAGCUGAUGGUCUUCACGGUGUCCUCCGGGAGUUUCAGACACGGGACAUCCUCAUCCUGGAACUGAUGCACUAA